CUGUCAAUGUAUUGGAUGUUUGUUUACAUCUGUGAUCCGUUUUUCGGUGAAUUGUACCAAAAUCUCGUAAAAAUGGUACAAUCAUCGCUCGGAAAAGCUGAUUACUAAUAAAAUCGCGCAUUAGAUUGGCUAGGAUGUUCAGUUUCCUAAACGCAUCCGGACGCCCUUCAGGACGAGCAACGAUUCAGAAAUUAAUCCAUCUGCAGCAAUGAACUGAAAACAAAACUCCAAUCAAUUAUACUUGCGGCACUAAUAACCCGAACGAGAUGCGUAUGCCGUGAUAAGAUGUUUUAAGCGUGGAAUCAAAUUUAGCAAUACCAACCAUUUGGCACUGGCACUGCAGAAAUAUACCCCCUCUUCACCACAUCACCGUCCCUUUGUUAAGACCUAACAAUGCAAACCCCAACCGCCGAAAGCAGCGUGCCGGCUGCGGCCGAACUGAACCCGAUGUGCCAAACGAAGCAGGAAGUGGACCCUACCAAAGACACCGAACGGCGCGGGCAGCCCUUUACCUUUCACCCAUUGCCAAGCAAUGCCAGUUACCAUGAGGCGUGGCGCAACCUGCGAGAUACGGUACCGAUUACGCCGAGCCCGGCGCUUAACCAUCGGGCCACGCGCAAUCAUCGCGGUCACGCCGUACACUUUUCGAUGGGAGUGUACGAAAAUGAGUCGCCAACGAAAGCUUCCCACUGCUAUUCACCGUACGGCCGGAUGCGCCCCUACUUUAUACCUCAUCGAACGCGCACGAAAAGCGAAAGCUCGGAUCCGACGAACCACUCCGGGCUAGCCGGGCAGGACAGUGCAGACAAUCAUCCGUCGGCGUCCACCAGCCAUGCCGGGAUCGCAACGACACUGAUGGAAACGUGCGAACACUCCACGCCGAUGAUGGAUGACGUAUCGAUCAAUGCAGUGCGGUACAGCCGGAAUCCGAUCGUUCUGCUGAAAAAGUCCCGCUCGCUGGAGAACGUGCGCGUGGACAACUCGCUCGACGGGUCGCAGGUGUCGCACGAGAUGGAGUUCGUAUCGAGCCGCAUACAGAAGCUUAAGGUACAGGAGUGAUGAGGACGGAUGAGAGAACAUGAACUCAGUGAUUAGUUUUUUACUUUGCUGAUAUUUUAACGUUUACGUGAAUGGGGGUGAAUGGGAUUACAGAAUUUUUCGGUGUGUUGCGUUACGUAAAGCUCUACUGUAAGCUGUUUUACAACUAUGCUAUGAAUUAUACUAUGAAUACAUUUCCAUGGAAAUAAGA